AUGUCUCUCGUCCGAGUCGCAAACGACGCCGAUUCGGCGUCGGCCUUCCAGCACAUUCCCAUAAUAGACUUGCGGGACAUCGACAGUUCAGACCCGGAUGUCCGCCGCGCGCUCAGCGACGAGGUACGGAACACCUGCAUCAAUGUGGGCUUUCUGUACGUGAAGAACCAUGGAAUCCCAGAGGAGACCAUCCACCAAACGUUCGAGGCGAUGAAGGAAUACUUCUCGCUCCCCUUCGAGACCAAGAUGGAGCUCGACAUCAAGAAGACCCCGAACUUCAAGGGCUACAACGCCGUCCGGACGAGCAACAACGACCCGAACGGCGCCGGCGACAUGCACGAGGGCUUCGAGUUCGGCUGGGAGGAGCUCGCGCCCCGCGCCGACCCAGCCUCCGCAGACGCGAAGCGCGCCCACGACGGCGUCAUGGCCGGCGCGAACGUCUGGCCGGCGCAGGUGCCCCGGUUCAGGCCCGCGGCGCUCGGAUACUACCACGCAGCCGUCGCGCUCGGCCGGAAGCUCUUCCCGCUCUUCGCGCGCGCGCUCGACCUUCCGGAAGACUUCUUCGCGGACAAGACGAGGAACGUCGCUGCGCUCAUGCGCGUGCUCCACUAUCCACCUCAGACCGGACCGGUCGACGACCGGGUGAUCGGAAUCGGAGCGCACACUGAGUACGCUCUUGCUCUCGUCUCCGAUAUUCACAACGAUGGGAAAACAACUCACCGAACUACUGUACAGUGCUUCACGAUCCUGUGGCAGCAACCCGAGAUCCAAGCGCUUCAAGUCCUCAACCGGCAAAACCAGUGGGUCGACGCCCCGCCCAUCCCCGGCACGCUCGUCGUAAACCUCGGAGACCAGUUCGCCCGAUGGACGAAUGACGUCUUCAAGUCGACGGUGCACCGCGCGGUCAACCGCAGCGGCGUGCGACGGUACUCCAUCCCGCUCUUUUUCGGCACCGACUACGACGUGAAGCUCGAGCCCAUCCCGAGCUGUGUCUCUUCGGAGCGGCCGCCGAAGUACGAAGUCAUAACUGCGGGGGAGUACGUCAAGGAGCGACUGAAGGCGACGUACGGGCAUUGA